GCAUUUCCUUUUUCCAUUUGCAUCACAUCGCGGAGCUAAAACCGAGGCUGCAGUAGAAAACAGUGGAGAUUAAAGCGAACAGACCUGGAGAAGAGGAUGCUACAGAAACUGCGGCGCCUCCAGAUCAGCUCAGCGGACACUGCACGUCGCGGAAACAACGAGGAUAGUAAAGUUCAGUUUGGGAUUUAGCGGCCAAAGUUUGACGUAAUUCUUCCCCGGACAUCAGGAAUAGGCUGGAGUGUCAUCAUGGAAGUAUUUUCUAAGGAAAAAUAAAGAGAUUUCUCUCUACUUUUGGACAUGCAGGCAGAAAUCUGAGAAAGUGCAAGUCGGGAAAAAAAACAUUUACAGCAAGAUCUCCACGGUUUGGUUUUCCAGAUGUCUCCUCUGCAGGCAGCGGCUGGUUAAUGAAACAUAUUCACACCCCAGAGGAAAAAAAGUAGCACUUUUCUUCAUUUCUUGCAACUGGAUUUUAUUCUCUAUCAUCGUCGCCUUUUAAAUACAUGAUCAGCGUUACUGUUUGUUCUUCAGCCAACACUCCCAGUAGAAUAACGGGAUUUUAAAAACUCUCAAUGCUGGAUACAGCGACUCGUCGACGUUUCGGGACAUGGACGGACACCGAAGAGACAAAAUAAAGGAGCCGUGUUAUUAAAUAAAAGAGGAGGGUGUUAUCAUGAAAAUGUUAUUUGGGUGAAGUCCUUGGAAACUCGUAAGGGAAGCCCAAUGAGUGGCACACAGUCAACUCUCACUGACAGGACCCCAAGCAUUCUCAACAAGGACCCUGCAGACAAGAGACCUAAGAAUGACAAAUCAUCCGUCUCCCUCAAACAUGAAUUCGAUCCAACAGGUCUUGUCCAGCGCUGUGUGAUAAUCCAGAGAGAUGAGAAUGGCUUCGGGCUGACCGUGAGCGGAGACAACCCUGUGUUUGUACAGCUGGUCAAAGAAGAUGGAGCUGCGAUGCGAGCUGGUGUUCAGACAGGAGAUAGGAUCAUUAAGGUUAAUGGGACCUUGGUCACACAUUCAAACCACAUAGAGGUUGUAAAGCUGAUAAAAUCGGGUUCUUAUGUGGCCCUGACGGUGCUGGGGAGGCCUCCGGGGCUUCCUCAGAUCCCCCUGGAGGAGGAGGAGGAAGAGAAGGAGAAGGAGGAAGGAGCAGAGGUCAGCCCACCCUCCUCUGUCUCAGUUCCACACUCACCUGCACUGUCAGGUGUGGAGCAGCGCAGCCCUCAGGAGCACAUCACCUCCGCUCGGCCUGACGGGGAUGAGAACAAAACCACGCACAGCCAAAAGAUCGACAGCUUGCAAAAGAUGAUAAACAAACAGCAACUGGACUUACAGGUGAAGGAGGAGGAGUGCAGCAGAAACCCCCGACCUAAGCUACUGAAGGAGAUCCAGGAGGCAAAGAAGCACAUUUCACAGCUGCAGGAGCAGCUCAGCAGAGCGGCGUCACAGGAUGGAGCCACUGUGUCCAGGAAUGGUGAGGCUGAGGAGGGGGACAGUGGGAGGGAGCCGACCUCACCCUCGCGGGGCGACGGCGCUAACGACAGGCCCUCGACUAACAGUAACUCUAUGAACAGCAGCCCCCUCCCUGAGAGUCCUGGCAAAAGAGAGACGCCCUGUCAGAGCCCGGACAUCAGCCGACGAGACGGACCCAACUCCUGCUCGUCGCCCGACACCGAGGACAACACGGAGACGGACUCCAGUGCCCAGUGCGUUGUGGGUAGCCCUCCCUACCUCCUCAACCCCCAGAUCAUCGGAGCGGAGGAUGACGACUUUGUCUCUCAGCAAGAGCAGAUUAAUGGAGAGUGUAGCUUUUUCCAGAGUAUAGACUCGCUGAAGUCUCGGCCGGCUCACCUUGCAGUUUUCCUCCAUCAUGUUGUCUCGCAGUUUGACCCUGUGCCUCUGCUCUGUUACCUCUACGCCGACAUGCACAAGCAAACCAGCUCCAAAGAAAGCCGACGCUUCUUCAUGGAAUUCCACUCGCUCUUCAUGGAUCGAACAGCAAAUCUUAAAGUACCAGUGCCAGAGACUGUUGCAGCUGAGCUGGAGAAGCGGAGGCUGGAGUUAAUCCCAGAGGAGCUCUGCAAACAGUACACACAGGUGUUACAGGACACACUCCUACCAGACCUGCACAGGAACCUGGAAGACUUCAGACAGAAGCGCAGCAUGGGUCUGACUCUGGCUGAAGACGAGCUGUCCAAGCUGGACGUAGAGCGAGGGAAAGACCAACAGGCCCUGGAGAAGGAAUGCUCCUGUGCUGAACACAUCAUCUCCAAGAUAGAGGAUAUCCUGUUGGCGUCGCAGCCCUCAGAAGAGGAGAAGUGCCAAGCGAUGCAGUACGUGAUUCUCACCUACAUGAAGCACCUCGGGGUGAAAGUGAAGGAGCCUCGCGGCCUUGAACACAAACGAGCACGAAUCAAUUUCCUGCCAAAGAUUAAGAAGAGUAUCAAGCCUGAGAAGGAGGGUGAGGAGAAGGUGAAAAAGCCUCGGUUUCCCAACAUCCUCGGCCCACCGAGGCGCCUGAGCAGAGUGGAUUCAACUUCAGUCGGUAAGGCCGUGGAGAUGAACAAGCAGCGGUCACCCAAGCAGCUCUCCCACUCCCAGCCGACCUUCGGUAUCCCUGAGCAGUCAGACUCCUCCGCCGUGAAUCCUGGACGGAUCCGUGGAAAUCAGCCGAGCGAGGGAUCGGACACCAGCGGCCAUGUUUUAUCUUCUAACACCUCCCCUACACACAGCUCCCCCAUCGGUCUGGCCUCAGAUACAAGCGGACAAGACUCAGACUCCAAUGCGUCUCCAUUCUCCAUCCAGCCCAGACUGAGCGAGGGUCUGCAGUCCGGCGACCAGCAGGACAGCGUCUUCAGCCCCACCAGCACUCAGUUUGACUUCAGCCCCUCAAACCUGGAGCAGCUACAGGAGGAAGACCAGGAUGCUUUCAGCAGGAUGGAGGUGCAGUGCGCGGUGACUUCAGCCGACAUCCAGAGCGAGGACGACCAGGGAGGCGAGGUGGAGUGUGAGGAAGACCCCCUGAACUGGCAGAGUCUGGUCAGUCGAGGCGUCCUGGCGAGCCUGACGCCGCAGGAGAUCAAACGGCAGGAAGUCAUCAAUGAGCUGUUCUACACCGAGCGCGCUCACCUACGGAUGCUGAAGGUGCUGGACGGCGUUUUCUGCCAGAGGUUGAACAGAGACAGUAUCCUCCCUGCAGAGGACAUCAAACACAUCUUUAUUAACCUGGAGGAAAUCAUUCAGCUGCAUGUUUCUGUAACAGAGCAAAUGACAGCAAUCAGGAAGAGGAGUGAGACGUCAGUGAUCGGUCAGAUUGGAGAUGAUCUCCUGGCAUGGUUCAGCGGCGAGGAAGAGGAGAAGAUUAAAAGAGCGGUGGGAACUUUCUGCAGUAACCAACCAUCUGCACUGGAGCUCAUCAAGACCAAGCAGAAGAAGGACCAGAGGUUCAACUUAUUCAUGCAGGAAGCUGAGAGCAACCGCCUGUGUCGCAGGCUGCAGCUCAAAGACAUCAUUCCUGUAGAGAUGCAGAGAGUGACCAAAUACCCUCUCCUGCUGGACAAUAUUGCCAAGUACACAGAGGACGGUGAGGAGAGGGAAAAGGUGAAGAAAGCUGGUGAAUGUUGCAAAAAGAUUCUGAACCACGUCAACCAGGCUGUUAAAGAGGCAGAGAAUAAACAGAGGCUUGAGGAGUAUCAGAGAAGAUUAGAUCUGUCGUCACUCAAACAGAGUGAAAACCCCAUGAUCCUGGAGCUGAAGAAUCUGGACCUGACCAAGAGGAAGAUGGUACAUGAGGGACCUCUCUGCUGGAAAGUCAACAAAGACAAGACGAUUGAGCUGUACACAAUCCUCCUGGAGGACAUCCUGGUUUUACUGCAGAAACAGGACGAGCGUCUGAUCCUCAAGUUCCACGGCAAGAACCUGGCCAGCGCCGUCGACACCAAGCACAUCUUCAGCCCCAUCAUCAAACUCAACACUGUGCUGGUUCGACCGGUGGCAACUGACAACAAGUCUUUCUUCGUGCUGUCCAUGUCAGAAAACGGGGCUCAGAUCUACGAGCUGAUGGCUCAGACAGUGUCCGAUCAGAGAACGUGGCAGCGUCUGAUCACACAACGAGCUGAGGCCAUGAAGGCCAAACCUCACAACAGUGACACACCUCCAGCUCAGUCCGAUGCUGAGCGGGAUGCUAUUGAGAUCAUCAACCGUGGGAUUCCCAGGGCGAGCAAAGAUUCUAACGGGACAUCAAGCGGAGAUAAAGAUGUCACCUCUUCUCCAGACACUCCAGCUCCACCUGCGAGUAUCAACCCCUUCGAUGGCAUGAAAUCGGAGGACGAGGAGGAGGAGCUGGCUGCUGCAGACAGACAGGACGAUGAAGAGGUGGAGGAUGAAGAGGUGGAUGAAGCAGAACUGGAGGCCUUCCUAGACGGACAGCUAGCAGACAUGCCCUUCCUGCAGCAGGAGGGGUCACGUCAGGGCAUUGCCCUCGAAAACCAAGAGCACAACACGUUCAGCAUACCCUCGUCCAAAGCUGAAGACGCUCUACGGACAUUGGCGAUGCUGAAGCAGGCUCUUUUCAACCACAUGAUGAGCAGAGAGGCAGAGGAGGAGAAAGAGGAGACAGAGGAGAAUAAGCAGAGUGGGGCCCCUGGGUGUCAGCUGAGCGCCUCCUCGCCUGGGAGCCCUGAGGGGGGGCCCUCUGCUGCAUGUGACGAGAGCCGAGCAUCUGCAAGUUUACAGAAAGACGACCCACAGCUCCCCUCUGCACACACAGGCCUGACUGAGACAACUGAACGCAAUGGUGGUUUUGUGGUUCUGGAUUUCAACGUGGGCUGCGAGGAGAGCAGCACUGACGACGAUGGGGGAUUAGGAGGUGACAUGGGAAUCGACAUGAGGAAACUGCUGUCCUCCUCCUCGCAGGCAGGGGGCGGCGGCGGCCCCAACCUCAGCCGGCAGCUUAUGACCCACCUACGCCUCCUGCAGGCUGAUCUGCAGUACCUGAAGGAGGUGGAAAUGAAGUACAACGAGCUGCGACAAACACACAUCGACAUGGCCACUGACUCAGACGACAACACCGAUGGGAUUCAGUGAUGAGGAACCUUCUCUCGAGCCAAGUUUAUGUCCACUGAAGCCACUGAAUACUGGUGUCACUCAGUAAUGGAGGUUUAAUCUCCCACUUAAGGCACAUAUGACAAUCAGUGGAAGACUUUAUCAUCACGAUUGUUCCACUAUAAACUCAAAAUCCUUGAACUGGCAGGGGCAGAUCUGCUCCUGAGAGGAGACACUAUGGAAUUAACUGAGGAUAAUUCAGUCACUUCUUGUCAUGAUAAUAACCAACUUCAUAAAUUAUCUUAAACACUGGAUAUAUGAAACGGAAAAGGGCAAGUCAAGUGUGUGAAGUCAGACAGAUGCAGAGCAGAGAGGCGUUCAGGAGCGACAAGAGACUGUGACAGCGACCAGAACGAUUCUCUGAGGAUUAAAAUAGAUUGACUUGACAGGACUUAGAGCACUGCUGUAAGCUUGAUGUGAAUGUCUGCAGUAAGAGAUGAGCAAAAACUUCACGCUACGCAGUUGAAUAUGCUCAAAGAUGCACUUCCUUUAUUUUUUGUAACAGCGAUGAAAGGCAACACGUAAAUGCCUCAAUAUCUUCUCCACACACUGACUGUGUUUUUAAAUUCAGCAACAUUCACAGAGUGUUCAAGAAGCUGUAAAAUGUAUCUGCACCAUCCACAAAAGUUGUCUUAUGUUUUAUGUCUUAAACCUGAUCUAAAACACACCUGCUAGCACCCCUAAAUCUCAAUACUUAACACGGUGUAUGUUUUUUGUUCAACGCAGCAUUAAUGUUGAUCCUCGUAUCACACUAUCAUACCCUCAGAGAGAAAACAAACGACAGCAUCUCUCAAAAUUGUGAACUAUUCCUGCAAACAGCAGAAAUGAUUCAAGCCUCAAAUUUCCAAAUAAUAAUCGUCCCAUUUGCAAAGCUGCAACUGCUGUUUGUUUACCAGUCGUCUUAUUGGUUUAAUUGUCUGAGAAAAUAGCACACAAGCACAGUAUACUGAUACUUAUUAUAUGACUUUAAAGUGCCUAAAUUAAAAAUUAAAAAUUUAAAUUUCCUAUAGCACUUUAAUGUAGCAUAAAAUGUCAAGCAAAUGAAGAUGGUGAUACGUUGAAAUCAUAGAUCCAGAUCACUGUAAAAGUCUCAUCCACUCCGACAGAAGAGUAAAACAGACAGAUGGAGGUAAAAACAGAACCUCUUUGACAUGAAAUCCCCCAUUGUUCAGACAAACCUUUCUUUCUGACAAACACUGUGCAGUAAGAAAGGUAGAAGAGGAAAAAUAACAGCAGCUGAGGAGAGAAAUGUUCACUUUGUGUGUAAUUGCAGGUGUUUCUUCUGGUGGAGAACAUUACACCAUGUAAUAGAUACAAGCUUUUCACAACAUAUGCACAAGUGAAUUUAAUGAAUCGAGUUUUAUUGUAGAAUUUCCUUUUGUAUUCCAGACCGAUUUUUUUUCUUACUUCCACUCACCUCCCAUGUUAGUGUGCACAGUGAGGUGACUGACUAACCUGUGUGCAGUUUUUCCUCAUGAACACUAAAAACUAACUGAAUGCAGAAGUUUUCUCCAGGAUUCCUUUUUGUUUCUGCAACAAUCUGUUCAUAAAAGCCAUCCUCAGCUUGUAACAUCAACCUGUUAUACGCUCCUUUACCUGUAGGUACAAACUACAAAGAUUCGCUCAUCAGACAUCUGCACUUCACCUUCAUGUCUGGACUGAAAAGACUCAAAUAUUCAGUGGCCACUAGACUGCACAGACCACAGUAUGACUUUGAUUUUUGUAAUGAAAAAAAAAAAAAAAGACUAACCUUAAAAGUAUAUAUAAAAAAGGAUUGUAAUGGACUGAUUUAAUGUAAAAGAAUAUAAUGUACAAUUCUGACUGUAUAUCAAGUGUUUUGUGUGUUGCUGCUUUUUUACACAGUGCAGUCAUGUAAUGUUUUAACACAAACUACUUAAAGUGAGGGUAAAGUAACCAUGAAGCGUUAAUUUGUUUUACAAAUGUUCUUUUCAAGAUGUUAUUUUUAUUACAUUGCUUUUAACCCA